CCAAUCCAUCCAUCUUGUCAUCCCAUUGCAUCCAUACCAGCAUCGCUCUUGACCCCAUAUCAAACCGGUCAACGAGCUACUACUCAUCUCCUAGAAUCUCUGACGUACUUCCUGCGUCAAGCAACGAACAAGCUCCUGCCUUACCCCUUCACUCUCGCCUCCACAACGAUGGCAACUCAGUCGAACCCGGCCAACGUGGGCCUCAGCAUGUGGAAAGUCCUCCUCACCCCCAAUUCGGCAAGCAUCCACCUCAUCUUGUUCUCCACUCUCUUCGGCAGCCACUUUUUCCAUGGCUUCAUUGGUGGACCGGUCACCUUCCAACAGGUGCCCAGGAAGACGUUUGGUCUGAUGCAGUCCAAGAUCUUCCCCAUCUACUUCGCAAUGGGCACAGUCACACCCGCCGCUCUCAUUGGCAACCUAGCCCUGGCACAGGGAUCGCUCAGCGCUGUGCCCACCUUUCCCUUGGCUGCUCUGGGGAUCAGUAUGGUGGCCAAUGCCAUCAAUUGGCUCUACCUUGGCCCCAAGGCCACGAAUGUCAUGUUCGAGAGGCAUGAGCUGGAGAGGGAGGAGGGCAUCGACGCUUACAAGGACAAGGACAAGGCCUCGCCCAAGAUGAAGCAAUUGUCGAAGACAUUCGGUCAGCUCCACGGCAUCUCGAGCUUGCUCAACCUGACUUCAUUCGGAGCUCUCAUUCUUCAUGGCUCGGUGAGUGUGGCGGCCUCUGUACUCUCUGUUUGGUCGUCUCUGCUGCUGCUGCUGCUGCUGCUCGCUAGAAGAAGGUACACACGAGGGAGGACCGCGCUCGACUGCCUGGUUGCGCCAGUGAUGACUAUAUCGUAACGUCGACGGGUCAUCAGCCAAGGGGCGGGAGAGUUCACCUUCACCUCAGCGCCUCGUCAGCUCUACCUCGUGUGGCGUUGAAGAUUGUCAUCUCGCUACGGUGUUGAGCUCUACUUGUCGAGCUCCGGCCAGCGGGAAGGGGGAAAGAGGGAUGGACUCCGGCCACCAAAGCGGGCCAGGAUUACCAGGUUGAGGUCUCGAGCCCCUCUUUGCCUCUGUGACCGU